UGAGCAGAGUCGGAUACUCGGAUAAGGAUUUGAGGGUUGGACUAAAUUUUUUUUUUUUCCCGCGAUUCAGAAGGAGUCCGAAAAACACCAUCAAUGGCUACAAUUUCUUCUAUCGCAUGGACUAAAGCUCCAAACUCGUUCACAAAUCGAGGAUUCCCAGUAAAGAUUCCUAAGUUAAGGUCCGGUAAUGGCCGUGUUUCAUUGUUGCGGGAAAUUCGAAUUCAGGCAGUUAAGUUUUCAGCUUCUGUUUCGGAAAAACGGCAGAACCAAAGCGAAGAAUCUAUGAGCAUUGACGCUCUGCAACGUUUUAUCGAUCUUAACUUGGGCCACUGGAACGGAUCCUUCUAUCAAUUUGAUUACAAAGGAAAUUUGUUGCAAAAAGUGAGUACAAAGCUUGCGGUGAGCUCAUAUGGUGAAGAUGAACUGAUCAGUCUAAUUCAAACGCUGUACAUAAAACAACCUCCAUCAAGCACUUCAAUUUCAGGAUCUGAUCCUGAGCCAGAGUGGGCAGAGUACCAAAUCAAAGAAACCAACAUGUUCACUGUGGAAAAGUAUCAGCAGAUUGGUUUUUUCCCCAAAGAGAGGGCGUUUUCUCUACGGUACCAGACAGCUGGAAUGCUAGAGACUGUAUUGAGACAAGGAGUUCUUGGUGAAGAUGAUAUCGGUGAAGAAUCACCCAAAAACUUGAAGCUUCCCUCUCGUCGACCUUCUGUUGUAUGUGAGAAUUGCCUUUACUCACAGGAGAAAGAUAUCCGAGCAAGAGCCUUCCACAUCAUGGACCCAAAAGGUUUUCUUGAAUUGCUUCUUAUCUUUCUCGAAGAAAAAGGCCAUGGGCUGACUCUGUUUCCUUUCCUAGAAAAUUCUAAGGAUAGCACAAACAGCAUAAUGCCAUUUCUUGGUAGGUGGGAAGGCCAUUCUGUAACUAAACGUAGUGGGGUUUAUGGGGCCACAAUUGCUGAAGCUGACAUAGUUUCUUUACUUGAAAUGGAUGAGAAAGGUCAACUGAUUCAGGACAUUACUUCAUCCACUAAUGGUGGAAAUAUUACUACUAAUGUCCAUUGGACGGGCUACAUAUCUGAGAACUUAGUGACAUUUGAUGGAGGCUUUCAGAUAACCUUGUUGCCUGGAGGUAUGUACAUGGGAUGCCCCUGUGAUGUGGCAAAGAGCGUGGCAGAAUCAAAGUCUUUUCAUCUGGAGUUUUGUUGGCUGGAGUCACCUGGCAAGAGACAGAGACUUGUUCGAACUUAUGAUGUUGAGGGAUUGGCAGUGUCAUCAACAUAUAUCUUUGAGACCAAAGUAUAAGGGUAGAUUUCCUCAUGUAUAUCACUCGGAGUGCACUGCGUGUGCCUUACAACUCACGCACAUGCAUCUGCCAUGCUCCAUUUCAUGUGCCAAAUGUUUCCAAAAGCAUCCAUGCCAUUCUUUCAAUGAAUCGAUGAUUUUGAACUUGAUUGCUAACUUGAUUUAUUUAUGAUGCUCUAUAAAUUCAGUCAUUCCAAACA